AUGGGCACAGAGCCGGGGGGGCCCAGCCCCUCCCUGGUGUGUCGCUCUGAGGAUGCUUGGUGCGGGUGUCCGUGCGCUCCGGGCCAGGUGUGGGCGGGCACCCGCGGCGGGACAGGGCAGGGCCGAGCCGGGCCGGGCGGCGGGAGACGCAACCCCUCCCGUUCUGUUCCCUCCCCGCUCCUCCUUUCCCUUCCUUUUUCCCCCCGGGACUCCGGCUCACCUCCGGGGCGAACGGCGAAGCACAGGAGUCGGAGUCCAUGUCCCGGCGCGGGUGGCUCGGGCGGGGCCGGGGCGGCGGCGGCCAGGACCGAGGAGGAGCUGGGUCGAAAGGCUCUCAUCGGGCCCGACGACGUGCUGGGGCUGCAGCGGGUCACCAGCGAUUAUUUGUGCACUCCAGAGGAAAAUGUUUACAAGAUAGACUUCACCAGGUUCAAAAUCCGGGACAUGGAAUCUGGCACAGUCUUGUUUGAAAUCACCAAGCCAGCAGCUUCAGAGCGGGAGCACAAUGACAGGAAGGACGUGGACCCCAACGCCGGACGCUUUGUGCGCUAUCAGUUCACCCCGGCCUUUCUCAGACUGCGGCAAGUGGGAGCCACGGUGGAAUUCACAGUAGGGGACAAACCCAUUAAUAAUUUCCGUAUGAUUGAGAGGCACUACUUCCGUGACCAGCUGCUGAAAAGUUUUGAUUUUGAAUUUGGCUUCUGCAUCCCCAGCAGUAAAAAUACUUGUGAGCACAUCUAUGAAUUCCCCCAGCUCUCAGAAGAUCUCAUUCGAGAGAUGAUCCUGCAUCCCUACGAGACACAGUCGGACAGUUUCUACUUUGUAGACAACAAGCUGGUGAUGCACAACAAGGCAGAUUAUUCAUACAGUGGAGGACCCUGAGUGUGGGCUGCAUGGCCCCAGCUGUGCUGGCCUCCCCUUCCCUCUGGAAGUCAUCAGGGAUCCCAACACCUCCAGUUCUGCUGCCUGCCAUGUCACCUGGACAAGGAUCCACUAACCAAGGACUCUUUGCCACAGUAGGAGUUUCAUGACAUCUCUUUUGAACUUUGAAGCAGACCCAGUUCUUCAGAAGUUUUAUGCUAAAAUGAUCUUUGGAUACCACUUCCCUAAGUUCUUUAAGUGUCUGCUUUGAAAAUGGCCUUGUGGGACCUGAGGGGUUUUGCCCUAAUUCUGUGAGUUUAUGUUCUUGCCCUCGAGUAUCUUUUUAGGAUUGCUUUCCCAAAGAAUGUAAUCAGAGAAAGCAUGGGAGUGGAUGGAUGCAGAGGCAGAGGCUUGGGUGGUUGUUUCUCUUUGUGAGUGCUUCAAAGCCAAUUUGACUUGUCCAGCCUGUUGAAAAUAUCAAGCAAAACAUCUCACAAAGGCAAGUUUCAUCUUUAGAUUGGCUCUCUCCAUGAGUAUUUCAUCCUUUAGUUUCAAUCCUUUUGUCUAAUGUUCUGUUUAACCUGGGAAACACCAAAACCUGCAAUGAAGAGCAGUACUUCAGUGACAGAGCUGUGUUAAUUGGGUGUUUGUACAUUUACAUUCCUUUUAUUACAUUUCAGAUGAAGGCAAAAUGGCAUUGUGGGUCUGUGAACCUCCAUAAGUACAUUCCAUUAAUUUCAGUUCUUUUGCAGAACAAUCAGGAUAAGCAGAAGGAUUUUAGCUUUAUUUAACAUUUAGCCUUUUCUUGGCACACAUUUCCAGUGUCUGUUUUCUUCAAUCUCUGCUUGAUACCAAGUUAAGGACUUCAGUACUGCUUGUUAGAGCAAUGUUUUAAUUGUCUAGGGCAGCUGGGGAGUGUAGAAUUCUCAAUUUUCCCUUAUUAUCUGCAUUUAAAGGAGGUUAAGACAGCAUUUCCCCUUUGUUAGAAAUGUUUCUCUUCAGAUAUUAAUACAGGUGAAACUAAAUCUAAUAAUCUACAGCUUUAACACACAGCAAAAAAAAUUAGCAAAAGUUCUCUCUUCGGACUCUGGAAGAAGUUUAACACCAAUUUAGCCCAAGAAAUAGCAGCACCAAGAAUAAACUAGUGUGGGGUGACCUGUUGUCAUGAAACCCUUACUCUGAAGGUCAGUUCACUGAUACUUAAAAAAAAAAACCCAACAACCCAACAAAAAUAAAAGACAGUUGCAGUCUGUAGAUAUUUCUAUAAAUACUUGAUGUCUCCAUGUCUAAUUCUGUGAGUUGAAGUGGAACAUUCUAUGUUAGCCUCAGAUAGGUGUAAUAAUUGUAAUAAUUUUUAUAAAAAUACCAUUUCCAGUUGUGGUGAGCAUCUCUGUAGUCACAGCCUACGUCAGACAGGACUACAAACAAUUCCAAGUGUAGCCUAAGGACAGGGAGGUUUUUGUGCUCUUGUUUGGGUUGUGGUCACUUUUCAAUGUGUCACCAUUUGUAUUUGGCUUGGCUUUUUUGACUGCUGAGAGAGGAGGCAGGUUUUUUUUUAAAAAAAAACACAGUGAUUUUAGAUUACAGCACAGUUUUUAUUAAGCUUGGUAGCUACAAAAGUGUGUCAAGUUCACUGAUUUUACACAAGUAGUAGCUUGUAGUAAUUCUUAUCACAGUGAGACUUGUAUUUAUCACUAUUUUUUGUCUUUACUGUAUUAAAUCAUCCAAGUAGCCUACGGCUGACUGAUCAGUUUGAGAGAUACAAAGCAUUUCCUCGUUAUUUGUGCACUACUUUGAGCUACUGACCAUUAAUUUUAUAGUACAAUAAUUACUAAAGAUGAAAACAGUUUCAAAAAUGUUUUCAUUCCUCCCCCAACUUAUUUAUUUUUUUUAAAUCAAGCCUGUUAAAUCAUAUAUCCAAUGACAUUUCACAAGUUUUAAGUAUUUCUGAGUUUUGAUUCAGUUUGCAGGAGGAAAAAAUGUUAAUUUAAAGACAAAAUGUGUCUUUACAUACACUUUACACAUAUUAUAUACACCAAAGAGUGUAUGUUUAAAAGUACCACCCUCUACAGGGGUUUUUUUGGGGUUAUUUUUCACCUGCUGUUCAUAGCAGUCACUUCUGUGCAUAAAAUUUUUAAAAGAAUUUUAGGAAUGGAAUUUGCCCAGAAUUGCCAGUCAUCUAUUUAAUAUGUUGUGAUGACUCUUGGGUCAUGUGAUGGAGUUUCCUCUGAAAUAGUCAUGUUCUGUUCCUUUUUUAUGCUGCCUCUUUUCAAGACUUAUAAAAAAAAGAGUAAUUCCAUAUAAGUAUUACUGUAAUCAAGGGAAAUUUAAGUGGUAGACAUGCCCCUUAUAAAAGAACCAAGAGAAAAUCACUGUGCUCCCAGGAGUGCAGAGUGAGGAUGGAAUUUCUGACAUUUUUCUAGGGUAGGUUUGAGGUUAAACACAAGAGGAUGAAUUAUCAGCUGCUCCUCUCCUGAAAUCUUUUAUAAUUCAGAUUAUAUUUGUAAUAAUUCCAGUCUUACAGAAAAUUUAGUGUAAAUCAAAUAGGAGAUAUUACACUGAGUUUGUUGCCUAAUAUUAGGAAUAUUUUAAGGUAGAAGUAAAGAUUGGACAUUUUCAAAAAAAUUCAUUUCAACACAUUUUAGCUUCAGCUUUUCAGUUGGGACAACUUUACUGGGGAUUAAACAUCCCCAGAGUUUGCUACAAGUAAAAAAAAAAAUACUCCUAAACCAAGGCAAACAAGAGAACUUUCUGUGGGAAGUGAAUUGAAGGUGCUUUUUUCUGUGUCCCACUGAAGCAGUUAGCACUCUUAUCUCUCUGUUUCACUUGGGAACUCUUUGUUAGCAUUUCCUGAAGGUCAUCCACAUCCCCAAUCUUUACAGACACGUGGGAAUCUCUGUCCAGGAGGGAGGUUCUGUUCCUCUCCCACCUGCUGAUGCAGCAGCUUGACGUGUGGUGUUGACAUGGGGCACAGAAACAGCAAUAAAAGAAUGGUUCUUCAAAACCUUUGGCUGUAGAGUUGCUGUUUUAAUGCCACUUCUGUCCCUUGUUUUGCUUAAAAACCACCUUCAGAAUUUAGUGUUAAAACCCAAACUUUGUUCAGCACCCAAUAAUUUCAACUUCCUUCUGGAAGGGAGCUGAGUUUGCAGCCCAGUUGUGAAACCCACAUUUUUUUCCCCUUAAAUUGGCAGCUGAUUCUUACUAUAAACCAGUUGAGAAUGAAGUCUUAGUAGCAUUGUUCACAGAAGAAUUUGUUAAUCUUCUUGAGUAGCUAUUAUUUUGUAUUUUAGCAUUCAUCAUUAUUGGGUUUACUUUGGAAGUUCAUUGCGAAAUCACCAAGUAGUGGCUCUGGGAAAAAAAGAAUUGUUGUAUUUUCUUCCUUGAUCUCGUUUUAAACAUGACUUUAAUUAGCACUUCAGCUCUGUUUUAACAAGCCAGCCUGGCAAUUUGGGAUCUGACUUUCUGAAAGUGAAAGAAAAUAUCCAAGAGCUAACCAAGAUUGUCUGCUAAUAAUGGCCCGGCUGUUUCCUGUCAUAAAACAGGAUUAAGUGUGGGCUUUACACAGUGACUUAAUCUUGGAAAAAGAAACAAAGUCUCUCUGAGUGCUAACAGUGACAUAAUUUUUCUGAGAGACAGGGAAAUUAGAGCUCAACACAUUCUUUCAGGGAAAUUAUAAUUUGACAUAUUUUUUCACUUUGUCAGUCUCGGAUUCCUUUAGUAAGAAUUAAUUUUAAGAAAAGCAGCAGUACAUUAGCGGUGAGCUGCAUGCUCUAGUAACUCACACUUCUGUGGCAGGGAGAGAAUCAUUUCUUUUUUAGAAUUAACACAUCAGCUGUGGUUGAAAAUCUGAAAACCUUGCUCUCAGUUCAGUGGCAAAAGCCAAAAUUGUUUCUGUGAAUUAUCCGUUACGUGGUGACAUUUCUGAAAUAACAGAAUGAUCCACCCUUCCUGACUCAGAAUUUAUUUAUUUAUUUAUUUUAAUGUAAAAAGACUCUCCAGGGUUGAAAACAACCUGCUGGGGUUUAGUUCUUGCUCAUAAUCUCUCUCUGUGUCUUGUUUUUUGAGGAGGUCAGUAAGAUGCUCUAUUUUCCACCUCUGUCCUCUGAGUUUUCCUCCAAAAUCUUGUGUAGUGUCACAGUGGUGGCUGGCUGUGUGUGAAACAUUCAGGCUAUCCAUUCAUAUCCAAAUCCCAACUUCCAAAUCCCUUCAGUUUGGGAAAAAAACUCUUCAAGUAUAUUGAGAAUUAUUGUCCUACAUAUCGACCCAUAAAAAAUAAACCCCAAUCUUCCUGACAAGGGUUAAAGGGAACUCUUAGUCAUGGAAAGAUUGAGGCUAUUUAAGGUAAGAAAAUGCUAAUACCCAACUGUCAUAUUUAGUAAGCAUUAUAAAAAUGCUCUAUUAAUUAUUCAUAACCUGGAAAAGAUGGUUAACAGCUCAGUUUUAAUUAGAUCAGGUUAGGAAGGAAACCAUAGAAAUCAUUGCUGUCGUUUGGGGCUGUGGGGCAGCAGCUGGAACCGUGUGUAUCCCACAAAAUUUGGGCAGGUUUCUGUGCAUUUGGGGAGGAAAAGUGAGGCAAAGGAGGACAAGGACAGAAAAAAUAAUUAAUUUCACCAAUUUGGACCCAAGACCUUCAAGGCCAUGGUGAGUGACUCAAUUUUUUCCUGGGUCUGAGGCAGCUGGGAGCUCCUGCUCAUGGUUCUUCUUUCUACCCCCGGCACAAACACUGCCUAAAUUUAUAGAGGCUUUUCAGUAUUAAUUAAUUAAUGUUAAAUACCAUUAAUAGUUCAUAUCAUUUAAUCUACAAGGAAAUUCCUGAUUUAUUUGAGGGGUCCCCAGGUCUCAGCUUGCAGCUCAGUUGUUCUCCUCAUCACUGGUGAGUGGGUGAAAUGUUGUUUGUGUGUCUGCAGCCCCCCAAAAACCCCCUGUGCUCCUGCCUGCUCUGGUGUCUGUAUCUCAAUACACCCAACAAACAUGUUUGAAUGUGACUUUUUGUUUCCUUGGCAUAGAAACUGAAUUGUCUGUAUUAAAAUGUAUUUAUAAAGAAAAAAAAUGUAUCUAUUUUUUUGUGGGAGGAGAGUAGAAUUCUGGUUACUUUACCACUGGGAAAACAUUAAGAGCAUUUUUACUGAUUAAUUUCUAAUUCUUUGUAUCUUGGUAGUGAUUUGUUUGCUAGGAGAACAUCCACUGUGGCCCAUCCUGUGGCAAUGCAAUGCAGUGUCAUGCAGAGAAUCUGGUUUUCAGAAAACUGGGAGCCUUUUGUUUCCUUUUUGGGACAGGAGGGGACUGAGGAAGUCACCAGGAAUAGAAAGAACCUUGGCACGGAAUCUGUUCUGUGGCUUUGGCUUCAGCCUGUUUGACUUUUUGCAGAUUAAGUAGAGAGAGAGAAAAGACUGAGACUUCAGGAUUAAAAAAAAAAAGAAAAUUAGAUGCUACAAUUUAGUCUUCCUGUAGGAGAAGGAGAGUCCUUAAAUUAAUUUAUACAAGGUUUAAAUAGGGACUGCACUUGCUUCAAUUGAUUUAAUAUUGGCAGCUUAGUCAUUGAUGUGCAUCCUAGGGAAUACGCUUAACUUUUUCCAUUACCUUGGAAAAUGGUUCAAAAACAUGUCACUUCCAUUAGCAAGUGUUUCUUCUCCUGUAACAAACUGCAAAAU